CGUGGCCGGGCGCACUCCAAUGGGCGGCGCCGGGGCGACCUGAUGUUCCCGGCGGCCCGUGCGUCGGCGGUGGUUGGGUGGUAAGAUGGCGGCUGUGAGUCUGCGGCUCGGCGAUUUGGUGUGGGGGAAACUCGGCCGGUAUCCUCCUUGGCCAGGAAAGAUUGUUAAUCCACCCAAAGACUUGAAGAAACCGCGUGGAAAGAAAUGCUUCUUUGUGAAGUUUUUUGGAACAGAAGAUCAUGCCUGGAUCAAAGUGGAACAGCUAAAGCCAUACCAUGCGCACAAGGAGGAAAUGAUAAAGAUUAACAAGGGAAAACGGUUCCAGCAAGCUGUGGAUGCCGUUGAAGAGUUCCUCCGGAGAGCCAAAGGGAAAGACCAGACAUCGUCCCACAAUUCUGCUGAUGACAAGAAUCGGCGUAAUUCCAGUGAGGAGAGAAGUAGGCCAAACUCAGGUGAUGAGAAGCGGAAGCUUAGCCUGUCUGAAGGGAAGGUGAAGAAGAACAUGGGAGAAGGAAAGAAGAGGGUGUCUUCAGGCUCUUCAGAGAGAGGCUCCAAGUCCCCUCUGAAAAGAGCCCAAGAGCAGAGUCCCCGGAAACGGGGUCGGCCCCCAAAGGAUGAGAAGGAUCUCACCAUCCCUGAGUCUAGUACCGUGAAGGGGGUGAUGGCUGGACCGAUGGCCGCAUUUAAAUGGCAGCCAACUGUGAGCGAGCCUGUGAAAGAUGCAGACCCUCAUUUCCAUCAUUUCCUGCUCAGCCAAACUGAGAAGCCAGCUGUCUGUUACCAAGCAAUCACAAAGAAGUUGAAAAUAUGUGAAGAGGAAACCGGGUCCACCUCCAUCCAGGCAGCAGACAGCACAGCCGUGAAUGGCAGCAUCACACCCACAGACAAAAAGAUAGGAUUUUUGGGCCUUGGCCUCAUGGGAAGUGGCAUCGUCUCCAACUUGCUAAAAAUGGGUCACACAGUAACCGUCUGGAACCGGACUGCAGAGAAAUGUGAUUUGUUCAUCCAGGAGGGGGCCCGCCUAGGAAGAACCCCCGCUGAAGUCGUUUCAACUUGUGACAUCACCUUCGCCUGCGUGUCAGAUCCCAAGGCAGCCAAGGACCUGGUGCUGGGCCCCAGUGGUGUACUGCAAGGGAUCCGCCCUGGGAAGUGCUAUGUGGACAUGUCAACAGUGGAUGCUGACACAGUCACUGAGCUGGCCCAGGUGAUUGUGUCCAGGGGGGGCCGCUUUCUGGAAGCCCCGGUCUCAGGGAAUCAGCAGCUGUCUAAUGACGGGAUGUUGGUGAUCUUAGCAGCAGGAGACAGGGGCUUGUAUGAGGACUGCAGCAGCUGCUUCCAGGCAAUGGGGAAGACCUCCUUCUUUCUAGGUGAGGUUGGCAACGCAGCCAAGAUGAUGCUGAUCGUGAACAUGGUCCAGGGAAGCUUCAUGGCCACCAUCGCUGAGGGCUUGACCCUGGCCCAAGUGACAGGCCAGUCCCAGCAGACACUCUUGGACAUCCUCAAUCAGGGACAGUUGGCCAGCAUCUUCCUGGACCAGAAGUGCCAAAAUAUCCUGCAAGGAAACUUUAAGCCUGAUUUCUACCUGAAGUACAUCCAGAAGGAUCUCCGCUUAGCCAUUGCCCUGGGUGAUGCGGUCAACCAUCCUACUCCUAUGGCAGCUGCAGCCAACGAGGUGUACAAAAGAGCCAAGGCACUGGACCAGUCUGACAACGACAUGUCUGCCGUGUACCGAGCCUAUAUACACUAAGCCCUCGAUACCCCAUCCCUGCCUCCCAGGUCUUCCCUCUGGCCCCUCCUCCUCACAUGGGGUUGGGGUCCUGGGACUUAGCUCUGGACCAGUCCACCUGUCUCCAUCUCCUUUUCUACAGACUUUGAGACUUGCCAUCAGCACAGCACACAGCGUCACCCCUCCCCUGGAGGUCCUGGGGAGGGGAGGGGUGUCAGCAGGAUUGGCCUUUGGGAAAGCUCUUGAGCUGGGCACUGGCCCCGGACUAGGUGGCUGUGUGUUCACACACACACACACACACACACACACACACAGACACACACACCCUACACACCACACACUGGCUCUCGCCCCAGGAUAGAAGCUGCCCAGAAACUGCUGCCUGGCUUUUUUUUCCUCCUGAGCUUGUCUUAUCUCAGACCCUUUCCAGUAGAGGAACUAGAAUCAGCAGUGAGAACUGGAAGCCUUCCCACUGCUGCCGUCCCUCAGAGCAAAGAGGCUGUGGUUACGUCCACGUCCCCCCACUGGAUCCCCCAUGUGAGAGAGAGGCUCUGGGUCAAGAUGAGCCAGCACCGACUCCAAACAGAGGGUCCCCAUGGGCCCUCCAACCUCAGGUGACCAGCUGAUGAGGAUUGUCAUAUUUAAGCUACCAAUGUGCAACCAACUCUCCGUAAAUGCCUUUGUGAACUGAAAAGAGAUUGGCAAAGUUGAGCGAACACAGGGCUCUGGCUCUCCAGGGAGAGCAGCAAAUCGCCAGCACGUUAGGUGAGCCUCACAGAAGCCUGCUCUCCUCGCCGCUCUUGAGCACCUGUCCUAGAAGUCACCAUCACUGCAGAGCCCUGGGCUGGGAUCAGACUUCUUCACUUUGGUGUAGGGGGAGCUCACUCCUCACCAGGCUCUUAGUAUUUGGAUUUGCAUUCCAGCCCUUGGGAAGGGGAUCCUGAGGGCCACCAGGGAGGAGCAAAGAGGGAGGAGAGUGGGGUUCCUUCCUGUUUCCGUUAUGCUGCAGACUCCACCUGGAGCCACUCUGACUGGGUCCCCUCACAGCAGUCCCAUCCUCUCCAACCUGCUCCUGCACAUGUUCCCCACCUGCCUACCUUUUCAUUCUCCCUUCCUCCUCUUCUUCCCAUGGAGACAGUGUUUCUGUCCCUUCUUUGGCCCAAACCCAGCCUGACCAACGAUGGCCAUUUCUUAGGCUCAGCUCUUGAAACAGGAUCAGGUGUCUUCACUUCAGCCAGAAGCAUAGCCUCCAAUGCUUCCAGGGCCCCAGGGUCUUUUGGGAGGGAAGAGAACUGAACCUGACCCAACCUGAACUAACUGACCCGAAGAGGUAGAUCUAAGACAUCUUUGAGACCCUAACGUUUCUCCUUGGAUAGGGGACCAGAGGGACUUACGAUGUGGUGUAAAAACAAGGAGAAGUCACCCAAAGGAUGUCCAUGUUCUCUCCCUCUAUAUGGGUUGAAUUUUCCAAAGUUAUACUUUGCAGGUCAGCAUUUCUAGUGAAUAUGUAUAAUGAGGAGACCACACUGGUGUGGGCCCCUCCCCCUCACAAAUUUGGCCCUUUUCCACUGAUAGAACCCAGGCUAGGGGAUCUCAGAAGACAUAGGGGGGAGGGCAGGGAAGAUGCCUGCGGGUUUUUGGCAUAAUUUCACUGGGAUUUGGAAUUCUUUUCUGUCUGAACACAAAGCCUGUUCUAGUCCUAGCCGGACACUCGGGGUUGGGGGUGGGAGGGUGGGGGUGGGGGAAGAUGCUGUAAUGAAACUGGUUAGUCAAUGUUGUCUUAAUAUUGUUGACAAUUCUGUAAAGUUUCUUUUUAUGACUAUUUCUGUUUAAGCUAUUUCACCUUUGUUUUGAAAUCCUUCCCUUUUAGAAGAAAAUGUGACACUUGUGAAAAAGCUUGUAAGAAAGCCCCUCUUCCACCAUCCCUUUUUUUUCCCCUUUAAACCUACUUUAAAUGACAAAUCUUCUAGGUAAUUAAGGUUGUGAAUUUUUAUUUUUGCUUUGUUUUUAAUGAGCAUUUGUCUUUCAGAAUAGGAUUGUGUGAUGUUUAAAUGGCAAAAACAAAACAUGAUUUUGUGCAAUUAACAAAAAAAGCUACUGCAAGCAAAAUAAAACGUUUCUUGGUAACACAA